CAAGGCUUUCUCCAUCAACAGAACGUUUCUAUCGUCGAUCUGUUGAUUCUCUUGUCUCAUCUAUCCUUUUAUCAAUCUCUACGAGUUUACGAUAGAACUGUAGAGCCUUUUUUUCUACAAUUCAGUCAUGCCGAUCUCCAAAGGUGACUCGUUGGGCAUGGCCAUGCCGGCCGAGAUUCAGGACUACUCCAAGGCCCUUGAUGUCCUGGAGAAGGAUUACUCCUCCAGAGAUGGCCUGGACGUUGAUACGCUUCUCGACUCCGAUAAGCAUGGAGCCUUGACCUACAAUGACUUCCUGAUCCUCCCCGGUUAUAUCGGCUUCCCCGCUUCGGACGUCGUUCUGGACACCCCCGUCACCAAGCGUGUGACCCUGAAGACGCCUCUCGUGUCUUCCCCCAUGGACACCGUCACUGAGCACAACAUGGCCAUCCACAUGGCUCUGCUCGGUGGUCUGGGUGUUAUCCACCACAACUGCUCCCCGGAUGAGCAGGCGGAGAUGGUCCGCAAGGUGAAGCGGUAUGAAAACGGCUUCAUCCUGGACCCCGUGGUUCUCGCCCCGACGGCCACCGUUGGCGAGGCCAAGGAGUUGAAGGCCAAGUGGGGCUUCGGUGGUUUCCCCGUGACUGAAAACGGCACCCUCCGCUCCAAGAUCAUCGGAAUGGUCACUUCCCGUGAUAUCCAGUUCCACAACAACUCUUCUGACCCGGUCACCAACGUUAUGUCGACCGACCUCAUCACCGCCCCUGCUGGCACCACCCUGGCGGAGGCGAAUGACGUCCUGCGUAGCUCCAAGAAGGGAAAGCUGCCCAUUGUGGAUGACAAUGGAAACAUUGUCUCCCUGCUGUCCCGGAGUGAUCUGAUGAAGAACCUCCACUAUCCUCUGGCCUCUAAGCUUCCCCAGUCCAAGCAGCUGAUCUGCGCGGCCGCCAUUGGCACGCGCGAGGAGGACAAGAGCCGUCUCAAGCUGCUUGUUGAGGCUGGUCUUGACAUUGUCGUCCUGGACAGCAGCCAGGGCAACAGCUUGUACCAGAUGGAGAUGAUCAAGUACAUCAAGCAGGCUUUCCCCGAGAUCGAUGUCAUUGGCGGUAACGUCGUGACUCGCGAGCAAGCCGCUUCCUUGAUCGCUGCUGGUGUCGAUGGCCUGAGAAUUGGCAUGGGCAGCGGCAGCGCCUGUAUCACCCAGGAGGUCAUGGCUGUCGGUCGUCCCCAGGCCGUGGCUGUGCGCAGCGUCACUUCGUUCGCCGCGCGCUUCGGCGUCCCCUGCAUUGCUGACGGCGGUGUCCAGAACGUCGGUCACAUCGUCAAGGGUCUUGCCAUGGGUGCUUCCACCGUGAUGAUGGGCGGUCUCCUGGCCGGUACCACCGAGUCCCCGGGCGAGUACUUCGUCAGCAACGAGGGCCAGCUGGUCAAGGCCUACCGUGGCAUGGGCUCCAUCGCCGCCAUGGAGGACAAGAAGGCCGGCGCCGGCUCCAAGGACGCCAAGGCCAGCAACGCCGGCACUGCCCGUUACUUCUCCGAGAAGGAUCGCGUUCUGGUUGCCCAGGGUGUUGCCGGCUCGGUCCUGGACCGCGGCUCCGUCACCAAGUUCAUCCCUUACUUGGUCGCCGGUGUCCAGCACUCUCUGCAGGAUAUCGGUGUGGAGAGCCUCGACGCGCUCCACAAGGGCGUCGACGGCGGCGUUGUGCGCUUCGAAGUGCGAAGCGCCAGUGCCCAGACCGAGGGUAACGUCCACGGUCUGCACAGCUACGACAAGAAGCUCUACUCUUAAGCGAGGGCGAGUUCUCUAUUGGGUUGUUUUUAAUAAAGAUUUGCCCACGCCAUGAUACGUGGACGACAUGAAAAUAAAAAGUAUGGGUAUGAGGGUCAGGAGUUAUGCUGCGUGGAUUGCGCUCAGAAUCGGUUUUGUUUUGAUGGUAUCGGAGGCACUUGGUUUUUUAGAGUACCUACCUAGCAUGAUGGCGCUGUGAAUGAAUCCAUCGAUUACAUGCUAUAGGAGUGG